AUGGCACCCCUAUUUUUUAUUCUGGCGUUAAUAGUUCAGUCCUCAUUCAUAUACGCAACAGAUGACAUUGACAAAGAAGAAUGGGAAGACACCAGUCGAGAAAUUCUCAAAUCUGCUCCCGGGGAUAUGAAAAUAAAAGAAUUUAGAGCUACAGACACCGACUGGAUUGAUAUCUUCUCACUCCCGAAGCAAAAUCUUCACCAAACUUCUUCAGCGGCUAAAAUGGCCUCGGUAACCAAUUCAGACAAACCACCAGCAGAACAACUGGAAGAUAUCAAAGAAAUGGCCAACCAAAUAACACUAGCUAUCCAAAGCGAGAUGGCCAACCUUUUGUCCUACGCAUUGAGAGAUUGCGAGAAGGAAUACGAUGAAAACAGCCUGAGGAAGAAAAGAUCACUUGAAUCCCCAAUGGACAGCUCCCAACUUGUCAUGAGAUUGCUGAAACACAUCAAGAACAAUAACGAAUAUCAGAACAUUGCAAUCGAAAAGAUGAUGUCCGCUCAAGAAAUCGCUGAUAAAUUCGGAAUCGAGUUCAACCCCGACCCUGAAAUCCUGUCAGACCUCGCUGUAGCUACUAACAAACAAGCUGAAGAACUCACCACUAUACUGAAAGACGCUUACGACUCAAAGAACGAGACGAAAGAAAUCGAAUUCAUUCCAGUAAACAACGAAACUUCAGUCAAAUCCACAGAAAACAACACAUACUUCGUGUACUCCGUACCAGAAGCAGAAAUAAUCGCGCAUCAAAAUUCUUUGCCAAGCUAUGAAUACGUGCCAGAGUUCAUCCAAGAAAGACCACCAGUGCAUGUCCAUUACGAACAGCAUCCUCACUACAACUAUCACAGCCACCCUUAUGAGACCCAGAUAGUGUCGCCUCCUCACCAAAUGCAUCAGCAAAGACCUCCAGUAAGCCACAUGCCUAACUUCUACGAGCAAUUUACUCCAGCUCCUGAGUACUACUCUCCUUACUACCCAAUGGAGCCUGUCACUACCACGACCACAAUUGUCUUUCCUAUUGAGGAGCUGGUUGAGCCAGAACCAGAAUUAGUAGGCGAGGAGUUCGAAGAGACAGUAUCGUCUAAGGUGAUCGUAGAGCGUGGUGAUGAGCCAGGAUCGGCUACAGUGAACCACGUCAUGACUUACACAGUGGGAGAAAAGUCGCAUUUCAAGAAACCACAGAUUGAGAACUUACCCCAGCAAAUGCAGUACUAUUUCUUUUUAAUGUAA